CCGCCCCGCCCCGCGCGGGCAGCACCGCCCGGAGCGGCCGCGGGGCUGUGAGGCGGCGGAGCCCGCCGGGCCGCGGGCGCAGGGCGAGGGACGGGCCCGGAGCGGAGCGGGACGGGACGGGACGGCGGCCAUGGCCGCGCUGCCGCUGCCCGCGCGGGGGCGGCGGGGGGCGCUGCACGAGCCAGAGCCGGGGGAGCCGGAGCGCAAGCGAGUAUGCAAGCCAUUAGAAACCAUUCCAAAUGAGCCUGAUGCUUGCCUCAUUGACUGUGCCAUGGAGCUGGAUUUGAAACAGAAAAUCUCCACUGACUGUAGUCCUUGGGCUACAAAGGCAAAGCAAAAUUCAAUGAUUUUUGAAAACCAUGGAAGCAGAGGUACUGCCCAGCCUUGCCCAAGAUGUAUUGCUGGAGAAUCUGGACACUUCAAUCAUAUCCUGGGCUUCUAGAAACUGAGAGACGGCAGAUCAGCAACGCCGCUUUUCUUUUUAAAUUCUCCAGAUGCACCUGUGACCACUGUAUAUCUGGAUAUCUGUACAUUCACUCACGGCGUGGAUUUGUGCAUGGUAUUCAGCAUAGAGUCUGCUGUAUGUGUUACUCUUUCAGAGCACAAUUACAGAUAUCAUUGGUUUUACACUUGAAAAAAUGCUUCUGCUUUUCAGGUAGCUCAGUAUAUGUUAAAAAAAGAAGUUGAUUGAAUGUUUUAGAUUAAUUAAGUUGAUCUGGCCUUGGCCCAGUCUUCACCUGGGACUGGGCCAAAGGUCGUGUUGAUACAAGAGAUUUUCCUGUCUCUCUUGAGCACUUUCUCUAACACUCUUGAAAAUGGUCCUUGCAUAUACUUGGGUACAGGGCCGGCAGUUUUAGCUUAGCUCUAUAUAUGCAGGCAGAAAUGGGAGGACAGAAAUGUCUUCAUUUUUAGAUGACUGUUCAGCUUUGCAGCUGCGAAGGCCAGUAAAAAACUAUUGAAACUGAUGUUUAAAUCCGAAAUAUGCAUCCAAUUCAGGUAUCUUACACGCUAUACUUCUGGUUUAUUUACAACAAGCAGAGUUUGUGAAUGUGGCAGGUGAGUAUUUAAUAGAAAAAGCAGUAUUAUUUGAACAAUGCUCUAUAAAGUGAAGAUGAAUAGUAAUGCAGCUUUGGAGUCCUCACAAAGCCUUGACUCUGUCUUUCCAGUUAUUGUGAUAUUGGAACAAAUCUGUUUAAAAAGUUUUAAACUUGUCAUCCAACGUGAUUCUACUGGCUUGCCACAAAUAAUUCUGUCUACAUUUUCCCAGUAUAAAGCACUAUAUAAUUUUUAAACACCUUCAGACUUUUAGAGUCAAAGACAGCUGAGUUGCGCUGUUUGGGUGUGACACUUGAGUGGCUGCUCUGGUUUAGGCAGAAUGGUCCUGCAAGCCCAGAACUGCAUGGCAGCACGUUAACCCUCUGCACUGGAGGGAAAUUGCUGUGACCUGCCAAAGUUCACAAAGAAAGCAAUCUCCGCUGCCUGGAGACCUGCUGAGCUAUAGCUCUGCCCUGCUGCCACUCAGCUUUCGGGCAGAGUUCAACCCAAAACAGAUACGGCAGGUGUAACAGCAUUUGGCCUCUCCUGUUCUGAGAGCAGCCAGCAGCCAGUUUAAAUGAAAAUGGUAGCUCUGAAGUUGCAAAAAUCUAGUGACAGGCUUUUAAAGGCUAGUUUCCCAAUGGGGUUUAUCAGGCUGCACAAUCCUUAGCCGAAGGUUUUUCAGAGUCCUAGAAUGCUUCCCAUAUUGUGUGUGGAGUUGUAGCUAGCACUGAGUUAACUAUUAUUAAGGAGAUGUUCUUCCUAAAUACAUGAAUAUCAUAUAAAUACUGAAUUCAGUUAGGUAAUAGAUGAGGAAAUAAGUCUGUAAAGCAGACCUGCACUAAAUUAGCAUAGAGACUGUUUGGCUAGGAAAGAAGUUUCCUCCAAGCCAAUAAAAAUUUUAAUUACAUCGGAAAUAAAUAUUUUCCAAGUGUGAAAUUUUUCAGACACUUCAAUAUUUUCUUCAAUCACAAGAACAGUACAAUCCAUUAAAAGAUCAAAUCUCCAAGAAACACAGUGGUCUUAAAAAUUGUAUUGUCCUUGUUACCUUGAAGAUCUGAAACUCAUCUUGAAUCCUCCCACUCCCAAUACAGGUUGAUGCAAGUGAUAGUAUCUGUCUGAGCUAGAAAGGAAUGUAUCCUCACUUGAAACGAUAGUAUAAUGAGCAAAUUCCCGUAUACUGAUAUCAGAGUUUAUCAACUCGUGCAAAAUAAUAAUACAAAAUGUUUUCUAAAGAUGGAAAUUACAUAUUUGUGACUAAGACAACUAUUAUUUUCUGGGCAAUUCAUUUCUACAACAUUUUCCAACCCUUUUUUUUUAAAAAUCCUGGUAAUAAUAGCAGAAAAAAAAAAAAAGAUGGCUAACCCUCAGUUCCUCUGCUGUUAAAGCUGAAAUAGCUGCUUGAAGGUAAAAUGUUUUUGAAAGUUUAGUUACUGCAAAGUGACUCCAAACCUGUUCUAUUUCAUCAAGUAAAAUGUUUGACAAGUAAUGAUUAGUAGAACAGUGUUUGGUCAAAAUUUAGGGUAUCCCAAGAAGAGAAUACCAAAAGUAGCCUCGGACUCCAUGAUGGAAGAGUUUUCUGCUAGAAUAUAUUAGAGUGUGUUUAAAACAGGGGGAUAUGUCUAUGGAUUAUCAAACCAAAGGGUGCUUUUCAUUUAAAUAACUCAAAUUUCAUCGUGUUAAGAAUUCACAGAUACCAGUGCAUAUAUUUCUGCUUAACUCUAUUUUAAUCUGGUAUGGAACAUGGCAAAACGAAGAACCAAUUGGUUUUCCUCAUGGUCCUCAUAGGUUUUGUGCCAUGUUCUUUUUCAUUCUUCUCCUUUUAGAGUAACUAUUACUUGUUUUUUGUAAAAUCUUAUCAUAUAUAAAUCACAGGAUUGGUCAUAGUUCAUGGCUGCAUUACAGAGGCUGAUGAAGUCAUACUAGUGUUCGAUUUUAAUGUAAUUUUUUCCUAUCAGUCUUCCCAUCAUUACUGGACACUGUGCAGGUAUUUUAUUACACUGUCCACCCUGACUCUCCAGACUGUCCUUGGAGAUUACUGCAUCUCUACAGCUGAACAAAACAGGAGAACUUUAUCCCAUUUUUUACUCUGUAACCUGCAGUGUAAACACGAGCCUGUUGUACUUUCCUUACACUGUUAAAAACCUAGUGCUGCAGUUUACAUCAAAGCUAACUGAUGAAUAGUUAUGUUAUUCACAUGUCCAACAUCUAAAUGGGCUGCUGUAGGAAGUAACUUGAGUAAAAUGGUCACAAAUAGGGUUUUUGUUUGGUUUUAACUUUAGGCUUUUACAUUCUCCAGGAACACAAUAUAGGAUAUGUCAGAUCAAUUCUAUUAAUAAUAUUUAAAUAAAACCCCCUCUGUUCCCCUAUCAAUUUCAUCUGUUUUGAGAAUGAACUCCAAAAUGAGUGUAGAAAUAGAUUAGCUAGUGGAAAUUAACUCCCCUCAUUUUCAGCCAAUCCCAAUUACUACUGUCACGUAGUUACACUGAGUGUUGUCAAUAAAACACAUUAGUACAGAAAUGGAGUGAAAACCACUUGGCAGUGACCAUCCCUGCUGCAUCGUAACACAAUUUGUAAUGAAAGAGCGGGUAUUAAAAAAAAAAGGUUUUGAUACAGAAAUGUGAUGCCUAUCUUCCUUAGCAGAGAUUUCUAUGAAAACUCAGCUGUAUCUUUCUGUUCCUUCAGAGCUGAUCAAGUGUUUUAAUUUUUGCAUCCCUAACAUUUCAAUUUGGGGGAUAGUUGUCACUGGUUAUUAAACUGCAAAAGCCCCAGACCAGGUCAGUUGGGAACACCUGGUUCGGUACCCUCCAGGCUCCAGUGACUAGUAGCAGCAGACGCACGGGAAGAGUCCAGGAAACAGGUCACGCACGGAAUGGAAAGACUUUUUACAAAUACAAACCCAGUAUUUCAUGUCAAGUUUUGUUGUGGGCAUCCUGUCUGGCCUCAUAGCUAGGCCUUGAACAUCAGAUAUCACAACAAUUAUGAAAAUGUCAGUAAUUUCCAACAGUAUUUUUUCCUUCGCUGUUGUUUGUUGAUAUAAAAAAUGUAUUGGCUAUCAGGAGAAUGUUAAACUUUACUUUUUUUAUUAAGCAUUGGUACCUUCAAUAUUUAAGAUGUAGUUCUCAUGUGACUGGAAUUCAAGUGUGUGUGUACAUACACACUUCAUUUCUGCAGUGCACGGAUACUCUUGCUAGUAUUUGUCAAAAAUAGCAGCUCCCUCCUUUCUCUUUUUCUUGAAUUGGCUUGCAAUAUUAAAAACAAAAAAAAGGAAACGUCUGGGAGUUGCAGUUGAAGCAGGAGCGUAACUGUGCUGUAUGUUUUUAUUCCGUGUUCUGCAUCCUUCCUUCUUGCGGAAGGCCAUCAGUCCCAACAAAAACUUGAACAGAUUUGACUUACAUUUCUGGGAGCGCUGCUGCUGCUAACGGAAGUGCUCUGGAUAGAUGGACGUUUUAGCUGUACUCUCUGUAGAGCAUCCCGAAGUGAAAUAACCGCUGUUGCUCGCUUGGUGAGCCAGAGUUUCGGUCCAAGUGUUCCUUGCUUCGCAGGGCAGCACAGCACCUGCGGGAUGUGGCUGUGCCUGCUUCCCCUGCGCCUCGCUCUGCCCUCUCCCGCUGACUGCAAACGCGUUCAGCUCUUUACAGACAUCAUCCUUGGCCCUCAUUUUUCCAUAAACGAGAAUGCAUACAUUUCUGGAUAAACUUUGAAGCCAAUCUCUCAGCUAGGAUGUGAAUCCUUACUCCGUGCUUUCUAACGGAGUAAGGAAUGCUUUUAUAAAUCAGCCAGUAUGAAAACAAAUCGUAGUUUAAUAGUUUAAUAUAUUGAAAGUUUAUAAUUGUGCGUUUUUUUUUUAAAUAGAUGCACUGUGUUUGUAAUUUAUUUCAGGAUUUGUCAGUCAGGAUCUAAAAGCUGUUGCAGUAGGUACAGGUGACUGCCGGACAGGUCAGGCCAGGGGAAUAUUGCUUUAAAGCAGAUUUGUGUCAAAUCUGCAGUAGAACCACAAAAUUAUUUUUGUAAGACUUUUCUUCACCUUGUAUAACUAUGAAAUUUUGUUUUAUUGAUAAAAAUUAUAUAUUCUUUAUACUUCCUAAUACUGUGGUUUGUACACAGAAUAACCUGAGUGAUACUUUAUUUACAUGUAUAAAGUAAAAUAGGCAUAUGGUCUGUUUCAAUUGCAGUUAAAAUGAUAUAAUCUAAUAUUUUUAACUUUGUAUUUUGUAAAUUGUUACUUACAGAAGCAGAAGCAUUAAACACCACUUUGGUUACAGCGUGAAA